AUUCCAUCUGAGUUUUUCUCUUCUCUCAUCCUCCAUAAACCCUACCAAAAUCCCUUUUUUUCAUUCCAAAACAACCAGCCGAAACUCUUUUCAUUUAUCACCAAACUAAACAAAAUCUAAAUCUACCAAACAACAAUGCGAAAUCAACAACGAUGGCUUCUCCUUCUUCUCCGACAUCACCAUUCUCACAUUUCCAGACGACACGUCAUCAAUCAAUCUCCCUUUCAGGUAAUAAAUCCAUCUCUUCGCUCACUCACUUACUCACGUGCAUCUCACAUGCUCCCUUACCAACCACGUUGUUUCUCUACAUCUGAAUUGCCUCUCCAACACAAAGAAUCAGAUCAAAUCUCUGUUUUAACUGACAUUUUCUCUAAACCAAACAAGACUAAUGACGAAAUUAAGCUUGAUUUAGAGUCUAAUAAUGUUGUUAUGACUCAUGAUUUGGUUAUAAAAGCGUUACGGAGCUUUAAUACUGCCCCUGACGUGGCACGUAGGGUUUUUAACUGGGUUAAGGAUAAUGAGAGUGAGAGGUUGAGUUCAAAGGUGUAUAAUUAUAUGUUGGGAAUACUGGGGUCUAAUGGAUUUGUUAAGGAGUUUUGGGGUAUGGUUGAAGUUAUGAAAAGUAAAGGGUAUGGAGUGUCGAGAGGUACGUUUAAUCGGGCUGUCGAGAGAUUUGAGAAGGAUAAGCUUAGCGACGAUGUGAAGAAGCUAAAAGAAUUGUACGGUGAUAAUUCGAGCGAGGAAGUUUGUUCUAAGGUUUGCAAAUUGAUUCGCGGAAAUUUAUGGGGAGAUGACGUGGAAAAGAAGCUGCGAGAGUUGAAUUUCGAGUUUUCUAGUGAAUUGGUCAGUAUGGUUUUGGAGAAUCUUGAAUGUGAAGCUAAUAAGGCUUUGAUAUUCUUUAGGUGGAUUGAAGAGAGUGGUUUGUUUAAGCAUAAUGACCGGACGUUUAAUGCUAUGGCGAGGGUCUUAGGUAGGGAAGAGUCCGGUGAGAAGUUCUGGAGGUUAGUUGAUGAAAUGAGAACCGCAGGUUUUGAAAUGGAAAGAGAAAUGUAUGUUAGGGUUCUGGAUAACUUUGUUAAGAGAAAAAUGAUUAAGGAUGCCGUGGACUUGUAUGAGUUUGCAAUGGUCGGUGUAAACAAGCCAUCCUCGCAGGACUGCACUUUUCUAUUGAAGAAAAUAGUUGUUAGUAAGGAGCUUGAUUUGAACUUGUUCUCAAAAGUCUUAAGGGUCUUCACAGAAAGUGGCAAUUCAUUGACUGGUGCUAAUCUCGAUGCCGUUCUCAAGUCUUUGACAAGUGUUGAUAGAUUUGGUCAAUGCAACAAGAUAUUGAAAGCAAUGGAGGAUGCUGGUUUCACACCUAGUCAGAUUCAACAGAGCAAAAUUGCUUUUAAUUUGGGUAGCGGUGGGAAGGAUAAGGAAUCAAAUGAGUUUAUGAAUUAUAUAGAAUCAACGGGCACUAUUCCAAAGUCUAAAACAUGGACAUCUUUAAUUGAAGGAUACUGUGAAGCUGGUGAUCUGGCUAAAGCUUCAGAUGCAUUUGAAAUGAUGGUGGAAAAGGAAGGGACAUCACAUGCUGGGUAUGCUUUAGAGCUCUUAGUGUCCUUGCACUGCCGCAAGAGAAGAGCGAUUCAUGCAUUCAAGCUUGUCGAGAAGAUGGCCAAUGAGAAAGGCCUACGUGUGUGGCAUACCACAUAUAAGUUUUUGGUAGGAAAAUUAUUGGCUCAGCGAGGUUUCGAGGAAGCUCUGAAUGUUCUGCAUUUGAUGAAAAUUCAAGAUUACCCGCCUUUUCUGGAUCCCUUCAUCAAGUACCUUUCCAAGAGCGGAAGUGCUGACGAAGCCCUUGCAUUUACUGAAACAGUGACAGUGAAGAAAUUUCCAUCAACUUCUGUAUUUCUCAAUUUGUUUGAAGCAUACUUAAAAGCAGGAAGGCGGAGUGAAGCACAGGACUUCCUUGCAAUAUGUCCCAGAUACAUUAGGAACCAUGCCGAUGUUUUGAAUCUUUUCUGUUCCAUGAAACCUCAGAAAGCAACUGCUACUAUUCCUGCGGCUGCAUAGGUUCAGAUGGAUGCAUUUAGUUUUUUGUGCUGCUAGGUAUUUGGGCAUUUUCCCCCUAAUAUUUUCUUAUAAAAGUUUGUAACCGUCUCUGUUUUUUUGAAAUAUUGGGGCUUAGUUCCCUUAGAAACUCUUUUCCAAUUAUAUAGUUCACUUGGUGAAAUUUAAUUGACACAAUAAAACAUAAUUGCAUUGGACUCA